UGAUCGUUAAUUUUAUCGGAUUAUAUUUUGAAUCAACGAUUUGUUAAUUUCUAUGACUAAUUGUUAUUAUUAUUUGAUCGUAAGAUGAGUAGACAACAGGAAACUAAAUCUCUAAAACAAUCAACUAAUCCGAAUCAUGAUGAUUUAGGUGAAAACGUUCAACAUGUUUCUGGAAUCAUCGGAGGUUGGGGACCGUUGCAACGGCGAUUGAUGUUUCUGUUGGUCAUCGUAUACUGGGCAGCUCCGUUCAACAAUCAAAGUCUCCUUUACUAUGUGAUUAAAAGUGACCUUUGGUGUGUUAAGCCUUCAGGGGUAAAGGUCGCAAUCAGGUCGGACCGAUGUACCUUUGCGAAUCUGAAUAAGUGCGCAUCUUGGGGUCACAAUACAACGAGGGGAACAGUAACAAAAGAGUGGAAUAUGGUUUGUGAAAAUUAUUGGCAAAGAUCGUUGGCCUUAUCGGCCUACCAAAUAGGAUAUUUGAUCUCUGGACCUUUGGUAGGGUCACUUUCGGAUAAGUUUGGUCGGAAAAAAGCAAUAAUCGGAUGUAUAUUGACUGAGAUAAUCUGUGGUAUUUUAUUAUUCCUUUCGUCGUCCAUUCAAAUGUUCACAAUUGUACGAAUCAUACAUGGAAUCGGAGGUUUUGGCCGAUAUUUAGCUUCUCUAUUACUUCUUGUCGAAAGUGUUGGACCUAAAGUAAGAGGUAAAGUGGUGGUCAGUUUUGAUUGGAUUUGGUUUGGUGGUGAAUAUGUCAUGAUACUGGUCACUUAUUUUGUCUCCAACUUCAGACACAUUUACUUAGGAUCAGCGAUCUUUCAAAUCUUUUGCUUGACGAUUGUUAUGCCCAAAGUAACGGAAUCAAUUCGAUGGCAAUUGGUCAAUGGUCAAGAGAAUAAAGCUGAGAAAGUAUUGAGAAAAUACUCCGUUGGUCAAGGUAAAAUGGACGAAGAUACAUUCCAAUUGAAGUUUGCUUCACUUCGAGAUAAUGUCUUGUCCAGUUUAAAAUCGACUCAGAAAAAAGAAACGAUUUUCAAUCUUUAUCGAAAUCCAACUUUACUCAAAUAUUGUUGUGGCCUUUACGUUAUUUGGUUCACUAUGAUUUUUAAUUUCUAUGGGUUGACCUACACAACCCUUGACCUUUCGGGUAACAUAUUCAUUAACAAUGCAUUCUUUACGAUCGCCGGAAUAGUCGCUUUGGUUUUCUUGACCUGGAAGGUUGAAAAGAUCAAGAGGAAGAAGUUGAUCUUCGUUCUUUGUAUGUGUGUUUCUAUGACACUUUUUUACACGAUUCCGCUGGUGAAUUCAUCCCAAUAUUUGGCACUUCGAACUAUAUUAUUGACGGUUGGCAAGUUUUUCGCCGCUAGUACCAUGUUAACACUUUAUGUAUAUUCACCUGAAGUUUUUCCCACUUCUAUUCGACACCUUGGAGUUGGUACUUGUUCAACUGCCGCUCGAAUUGCAACAAUCUCCGCUCCGUAUGUUGCACAAUUUACUGCUAGAGUUGACCUCAGGAUAACCCUCGCUCUGUUUGCGACAUUUGGAUUGAUCGGAGCAGCGACUUCAUUCAUCUUACCAGAAACAAAGGAUAAGGAAAUCACUGAUACAGUUGAUGAACUAAUCAAACAAAAUACUAAAUCAAAUGACCAGGAAAUGACCAAUCAAUCAAUUGAAUAGCUCAGCUGAUUGAAACAGAAUUUGUAUCGAUCAUAUUAUUAUAUAAUCAAGUGAUUAGAGUAUCAGAAUGAUGAUCAAUGUUACAGAUAAAUGAUCUUGGAAAUUGAUACAAUCGACUAUCAAUAAUUGUAGUAAUCAGGUGAUUAAAUUGCUUAGAAAUUAGCUAAUUAUCUCACAAUCAAAUUGCUUUUCUUGAAUCCCAAUAAUCAGAUUGAAUUUUGUUAUUUUUGAUAAACAUUACAAACGAUUGAUUUUACUGCAACAAUUAACAUGAAAACUUUCAAUCCCUUAAUAAA